AUGCCUCAUGCUGCAACUCAGAUCUCGGAAAAGAUGUCCGCCCUCAACCAACAAAAGGGCGCCACCCUUGAGGAGAUGUCGAGUUUGGUGCAACAGCUGAGCAGUCGCCUUAACUCCAAACGAAGCCAGCUCACUCCGAUUAUUCAAGAGUUGCGUCCUCUUCGACAAAGGACUCAGAUUUGUGCUAACAAGUCCUCGGUGCACUUUCUCACUACUUCUAUGACUCCGUGUCAUCACUUCGUCAGUUCCAGUGCUUCACAGAACAAUCAAGGAAAGACAAGGGCCAAAACCACAGUUCAGGUUUGUCAGGCCUUCUCUUCUCCUUGUUCCCUCUGCCGAUUUCUUGCUCAAGUUCCUCCACUCAUUCCUUCCCGUCAGGAUGUUGUUUCUUUUGUCACUUUCUAUCGACUCUUUGAUCCUACGCUCACUUCGGAGUCUCCAUAUCCUGCAAAACGUUGGGUUUCAGACCGCAAGAUCUGGUGUCCUGUAGCGUACACAUGUUCGGUCGCCUCCGAUUUUUGA